AUGUCGAGCAUUGGAAAACAAUUGAAGUUUUUGAACAAAAUCAGUCUAACCACUAAACCAACUCAAAUAUUAAUAAACCCUGAUAAAUAUCAUGGAUUGAAAUUAACGUUUCAAUUUCAAAAUCAUAAUGGACAUAUGGGUGCACGUAAGUUUUGGCGUGAAUAUCUACCAACAUUAAAAUUCUAUAACCCAGAAUUGAAUAUAGAUGUCGUUAGAAUUAAAAAUGAAGAUCGUAAUAAUGUUAGUGUCCCCUGCGUGAUGGAAAUAACAUCCAAGACAGGAACACCACUUGCUACGAUUGAUAUGAGGAACAAAAGAGAUUCAGAGAUUGUUACUGAGUUCCUUGGGAAAAUUCAACACACAGUUAUACCUGAGGAGGACCUUAUCAAGGUUUAG